UAAAAUGGACUGGUUCAAAGAGCUGAAGAAGAUCAUGCUGGAGGUUAUUAAUCUUAGAAGUCAACUUCUACCAGGGACAAUGACAUUAGGCAUGAGUAAAGAGGUCAAAGGUACAAUCAUGAACAGAGUGGAUUGGGGAAACUGCAGACUUGAAUUGGAUCUAGUACCUAGUGUAGAUGGUGAAAUCAUAGACAGUAACCAAUGUAGUCUGGUAAAACUACAUCAAGUGCAUCUGAGGAGUGCCCAAGAAACUAAAAUUUCUGCACUGCCGGUCGCAACCUCGGUGCAACCUUUGCUAUCACUUAUUUCAUUGCAAGUACCAGACCCAAGUGCACAGGCACAGACAACAGAAUCGGUGGAAGCUUUUGCGCAUCAUCUCCAUCUUCAGUUGGUAAACUUUGGGAUCAAUACGGGUGAAGCAGCGGAAGCUUUCUUUGCUCUCUAUGAUGCUAAAGAGGGAACAUUCAUUACAGAGCGGUAUCUAGCCAAGUUCAACAGACAAGGUGCUCCCCUGAAUGUAGAGAAGAUUGGUAACCUAGUCACUAUUUUCACAGAUAUGAGUAACAAGGACAUGGAGAGGGAUCUGUAUCUCACAUGUCAUAUCAUACGAUGUGGGCAGAUGAAACAAGCUAAGCACAUAGACAAGAAAACCAAUAGUCCAAACUAUAGAAGACCCUAUGGAUAUGGAGUCUUGAAGAUCACUCACAUUCUUAAGAUGCCAGAUGAUGAUGGUAGAGAAGGCAAGGAAGAGGUUAUGAAAAUAUAUGUAGCGAAUACAGCUGAUGAGAAGGACUUUGCUUCACUCCAUGAUCAAGUCAUCAGGAAUACAAGUAGAAAGGGCAUGUCUGCAUCUGGCAAUAUAGGUAUCACUGUAAAGCUUCUGAUGCUACAUGGUCAUCUUGAUAGCCUCAAGAAAGAGAAACACCUUCUAUUCAACAAAGGUCACAGUGUUACUCAUAAACUAGGAUUCAGUGAUAUCAUCAUGCCAGGUGACUUGCGGAAUGAUCUCUUCAUUGCAUUAGAGAGAGGAGAAUUUUUUGAUAAGAAUGCUGGCAAAAACAUUGAGGUGACCAUGUGUACAUUGGAUGAAAAAUGGAGAAUGAUUUCUUGCAUAUGCCUUGUAGACGAUGAAGCACCUGAAACUGAAUAUAGGUCAGUGGUGUAUGUUCAUAAUCAAACCCCUCGCUGGAAUGAACUCCUUAGGCUCAAUGUUCCUAUGGACAGCUUCAAAGAUACACACAUUCGCUUUGAGUUCAGACACUGCUCAAGAGAUAGUAAAAGGAGAGAAAAGCGUUUGUUUGCAAUGGCUUUUAUGCCACUCAUGAAGAAAGAUGGUACAGCUGUUGAAGACAGUACACACCAUCUCUAUGUCUAUAAGUGCACAGAUCAUCAUGAUUUCAGAGAUCCUGCCCAAUACCUUCGGUUGCCAUAUUGUUCAGCUGAUAUGGUUUCUAAGGGCAACGCAACAAGCAAUGACAUGUAUGAACUUAACCAAAAAGACACAUUCAUUGUUAAGACAGUCAUAUGCUCAACAAAACUUGUACAAAACAUAAACCUGCUUGGUUUGUUAAAGUGGAGGCAGCAUCCUGAUAGACUACAUGCUAUCCUUGAGAAACUCAGCAGUGUCAGUGGUCAAGAUAUUGUCAGGGUACUUCAAGAUAUCCUCGAUGCACUGUUCUCCAUUUUAGAUGAGAGGAGUGAAGAAUAUGGACGCCAGAUAUUUGAAUGCCUAGUUCAUAUCAUCAGUGUACUUGGUGAGCAACGUUUCAAGUCUUUCACUACUGUCCUGGAUACUUACAUUGAGAAUCACUUCGUUAGCACAUUAGCCCAUCAGUUCUUGGUACAUUAUCUAAUGAUGUACAUUGACAAGGCAUUGCAACAGAAGGAUCAUCACAUCACAAACAUGCUGGAAGGACUUCAAUAUCUCUUCAAGUUCAUCUUUAGGUCUCAUAUCCUCUACAAAAUGGCUACAGGUGAUGUCCAUGAUGGUGAUAUGCAGGAUUCUAUCAGGAAUCUAUUCCAAUCAAUCAAUUGUCUAAUGCAGAGAGAUGAUGACAGACUAGAAAAACAUCAGCUUGUUGUGCUACGGAAGUUCAGUACCAUUUGUAAUGAGCUGAUGGCUAUGUCAAUGUACACUGCACCUGAAGUGAGUCAGUUUACUGCAGACCUAUUGGUGUGUAUACCACAUACAUUGAAGAGAAUGAAUGUUCUACAGAGCAAGUUAGAAUGCAUCAAAGAAGCUGUUAAUAGCACACUCUUCCAGGAAUCAAUGGCAAGGAGAGUACUGCUUCAUCCAUGUCUCACUCAGCUUCAACACCACAUUCAGACUGGAGAUCUACCAGAUUUGUGUAUCUCUAUUGUAGAAGAUGUCUUGAUAUCUCUCCAUACGCUUUCACAGACAGAGAAAGUAGAAGAGGAGAUUAGUCUAGUAAUACAGCACCUCUUCAGAGAGAUUCUUGGUAUGGUGCCAACAUCAGAGAAUAUGACUGAUUUACAUACCCGAUGCAUUACCUGUCUUAUGGAGAUGUUACGUCUGAUGAAGGAGCAACACUAUGUUCAGCUAACAGAUUGCUUCCCAAGCUCACGAUAUAAACAGGAUUUCCUCAAUGGUAUUCUAAUGCUCUUUGCUGAGUGUGUAACAAAAGAUAUCUACUCCAAGGACUGGGCAGCAAUGAGGAUGGUUGUAAACAGGGUCAUUCUUUCAGCAAUCAAGAGGUUCUGUUCAGAUCUCAAUCAAGAUGACAUGAUAAGGAUGAGAUCUCAGUACUUUGAGUUAGCAGUGUACUUCAUUAUUCAACCAGUGCUGCAGUUAGAAAGCUUCACAUCAGCUAAAGAAGAAAGACUCAAAAAGAAGUUUGGUGAUAUGAGAAUUGCAAUGACUAAUGAGUUGAUUGAGAAGUGGAACAGUCUAGGCCCCGACAAGAGUCAGUUCAGUCAUUUGACGAGGAAUUUCUUAGAGGUAACAAUGAUACCUCAUGAUGACAUACGUAAAGCUAGUCUACCACUCAUCUUUGACAUCAUGUGCUCAGAGAUGCAGGAGAAGCCUUCUUUCAUCAAGCUGGAGGAUGAUCUGAUUGACAAGUUAGAUCACAUGGUUUGUGAUCAGAACAAAGGUGAUGAACAAUACACAGUGCUCUUCAACAACACCUUGAGAGAAAAGAUAGCUACACAGUCUUGGAGGACAGAAGGAGAAGAAUUUGUUGAGAAAGUUACUCGCUUACUAGAGAGACUGAUUGACUAUAGGAAUGUUUGUAACAAAUCGGUAGAGAACCGCUACCUCAAACUCAGCUGUAUUUAUCAACUCAUGAACUUCUACAAGGAUGAUGAGAGAAGGAAGGACAUCUACAUGAGGUACAUCUAUCAUCUUCAUGAUCUUCAUCUACACGCAGGAGAUUACACUGAAGCUGCUCAUACUCUUCUUAUGUUAGCAAAGACACUUGACUGGACAGACAACUUACUGCCCUCAGACAAGAGACAUGAACAGCAAACUGAAGCUGAACGGAAGACUAAGCUCUAUGGUGAAAUUAUCGAACUGGUGAAGAAAGGACAGGUUUGGGAGUAUGGUAUCCCUCUGUGUAAGGAGUUGGCUAUUCAGUAUGAGACCAAGCAGUUUGACUACAAAAAUCUCAGUGUGCAACUGGUGACCCAAGCUCAGUUCUUUGAGAACAUCAGAAACCAACCAAGGCAGCCACCAACCUUCUUUAGGAUCAAAUUCUUUGGUACAUUCCCUAUUCUCAGAAAACAUCGUGAGUAUAUCUACAGAGGUCAACCAUUUGAUCAACCUCAGAUUGUUAUACAGCGAUUCCAGGCAGACUUUCCGCAGGCCAGGGCAUGGACAAGCAAACAACCGCCAACAGAAGAAGAUCUUAUAGCAUAUGAUCAAUACAUUGAAGUGAGAUUAGUGACUUGUGUUCCUCCUCAACAUCCUCACCUAGAGGGUAAUGUACCUCCAAACAUCCGUCACUUUGCAGAGAGUUAUGAUGUCAGUGUCUUCAGCUUUGACCGCCCUUUCCAUAGAGGGGAGAGGGAUAAGACUCAGGAUUUCAAGACACUAUGGAUAGAGAGAACAUUCAUGACAACGAGAUCAUCAUUACCAGGUUUGCUGAGCUGGUCUGAGAUUGUAAAGACUGAGGUGGAGGAGAUCCGACCCAUUGCCAAUGCUAUCAAUGUGAUGACAGAGAAGAAUACAUCAAUGCAAGUGCAGAUCCAAGGACAUCGUGCUCAUAGAAACUCUAAUAUUAACCCUCUUAGUAUGGUCCUUCAAGGAACCAUUGAUGCAGCUGUACAGGGUGGCAUUAAAGUCUACCAAGAUGUGUUUUUGACUGCUGAGUAUGAGGAGAACAACCCAACAGAUAAAGAUGCUAUCAUUAAGCUAAGGGAACUCAUGGUCAACCAGUUGAAGAUCUUGGAUGAUGGAGUAUUGCUACAUAAGGAAUUAUGUUCAGAAGAACUAAUGGACUUUCAUCUUAACCUGGAGAGAAAACUUGCCAAGCUGAUGAAGGAAUUUGGACUGGGACAACCUAAAGUGUAUUCCAAAGCAAGACCUCCCUCAAGACCCGUGCAGCAACCUCUUCAACCAGUUGCUAACAUCACAUCAGGAACCAAAACGUAUAAGAGAACUACAUCAGAUACAAACUUCCAUCCACCAAGAGACAGACAUGCCAGCAAGUUCUACUGCCAAACACCAGUGGAACCAAUACCGAGCCGUACAGAGGGUGGGGGUACAUUACAGCGUGGUAGAGCAACCAUUGCCACUACCACUCCCAUGUCUGAAGAGGUACAUGAACCCCCUGGUAUGCCUCCUCCUGAUAUGCCGCCACCACUACCACCACCUAAUCUCAGGCAUCAUGUCUCGCAUGUAGAUCACACGGGAUACAUUCGCAUUCUGCCGUCUCGGAAUAGGUCACAUUCUGUCUUUACUGUACUGGAUCAAACUCAUUUAAUACAGAAGCAGAGUACGAGGAGAAAGGAUUCCUUGCCAUCACUAUCAUCACUAUCACCUUAUCCAAAUUCAGCAAUACAAGAGUUUGUGACUGAUGUGACUGAUUCAACAUCAUCAUCAAACCGUACAAGUGAGAGCCCAUCUCUUUCUUCAGCUCGUUUAUCUCAAGAAAGUCAAUCUUCAUCUAUUCAAGAUGAUAGACCAAUACUACCAAAGAAAGGAAGCUCAAGACCAAACUCAUCUGGCUCAGAAUUCUCUGGAGUAACAUCAUCAUCUCGUAUUAGUGAAAGUCCUUCAGUAUCAUCAUUGAUGAGCAGGAUAUCAGCAGACAGUCAAGCUUCAUACCUUGAUGAUCGUCCUCCUCAGCUACCUCCUAGAAAGAUUAGCUCAAGACCGAGCUCAGGGGGGUCAGCUGGAAUCAUCGAUCACAACCGAAUGAGUAGCUCUAGUUCCUGCUCUGGUACAGAUAUAUCUGAAGAGGGUGUAGCUCCCCCUGUCCCUUCCAGAACGCAGCAGAUCCCGGCAAAGGACACCAUCCAACAUGGACCUUCGGGAACCGGUAACACCAGUCUCCUCAACUCUCCCUCUGCGGUCCAAACGCCGCCGUCAAAUACAGCAACCAGAGAUAGUGUUCACCCCUCCCCCAAUUUUACCACCACCCCCAGCACACCUGUUGUCUCCACAGCUACCACCCAUGAUACUAGACGUUCCCCCGGAGGAGCUCCCCCUCCCACCGUCCCCAGACAAAGAAAGCCAUCUAAUCUGACCUCUCCUGUACCACUUCCUAGACCCAAUGGUUAUUCUAAUGACUCUCCUGGAGCCAAGUCUGAUGGCACCCCACCACUCCCAAUACGCCCUGAGAAGAAUAAAGCUAAGACACCAAUAGCCACCUCACCACCCAUAUCAUUACCUGUUACCCCUGGACCCACAACUCCGAGCAAAGUGACUUCACCUAAUAAGAAUGGAAAUGUUCAAGGGGCACCACCUGUUCCAUUACGACCUGCUAAAAGGAAGGAAUCUAUCAUUAAGGAUAGCAGUGGCACUAGUCUUUGA